GUACAUGUACAUUACAGUAUAUAUAAUUUUCCUGCUUCAAUGCUACAAAUCAUACCGAGUUAUUACCAUAUUGCCAAUCAACUGUAUAUAUCAAAGCAUGAAAAACAAGAAAUACAUACAUGUACUAGUAUGAGGAAAAAUUAAUGAAGAAAAAUAUGAGGAAAAAUUUGAGAGUUGUUUAUACUCAUAUUUAAAUAAGGAUAUUUAAAGCCUCGUUCUGACGUAGUGACGUAUAUCCGGUGUAUUUGGAAAAUGGCAGCAGUUCAGAAAGCGAGAAGUUUAUCCACUGCUGUUAUUUGCUUUUCUUGGCGUGAUUUUGAGGUCUAAAUUUCCAAAGAUACAUUCUUCUGGAAAAAUGGAAACCGCUGAAGUGAAUUCAGCAGAAGCUGUUGGAGCUUCAGAUGAAGAUUACUCCUCCUCAGAUUCUGAUUCAGAUAAGGCAUCUAACAACCUUGAUGCCUUCAGAGAGGAGUGGAAUAAGGAACUUGAGUCCAAGCGACGGGACAAGAAGAACCAGAGGAGAUUACGCAAGCAAAGCACAAAAAGUGUUGAAGAAAACAUGGAAGACCAGGCUAGGGACCUGUUCUUGAAGGGGGUAAGCGCUGAACAAGAUGGAUUCAUGUAUGAUGCUAUCUCCUAUUACAAGAAGGCCAUUCAGUUGGUACCAGACAUUGAAUCUAGGAUUGUUGACUACAGACCCUCCAACACUAGACAACAUAGAGAUAGUAUAGGCAGUGAGAGCUCACUGGAUAGUAUCACCCCUAUUGAGCAAGAUGAAGAAGACCUUAGUGAUUUGCUCACAUACUUCUCUAAGCUUGAGAUCAACCAUAAUGGUGUUUGCCAACAGGAACUAGAAAAGAAGGAUACUCACAUAUCUGCCCUGCCUGUUGAGGUAUUGAACUAUAUCUUCAAGUGGGUUGUGUCCUCCCAUCUAGACCUAAAGGCCUUGGAGAACAUCGCUUUGGUCUGUAGAGGAUUCUAUGUUCUGGCAAGGGAUGAUGAGAUCUGGAGACUGGCUUGUACCAGAGUCUGGGGUCUGCGAUCAAGUUUAAGUACAAAAUAUCAGACAUGGAGAGAAAAGUACAUAGAAGAGCCUCAUGUGAAGUUUAACGGGUGCUACAUAAGUGUCAACAGCUAUGUGAGACAAGGAGAGAUUAGUAUAGAUUUCAACUACAGACCUUUCCAUUUGGUUCAAUACUUCCGUUACGCUAGGUUUUUUCCAGAUGGUACAAUGUUCAUGCUGACCUCUCCUGAUGAUCCUCAAGGAGUCGUCGGUAAGCUGAAGAGUAAUAAAUCUCCUAUGCAAGGCCUCUUACAUGGCUACUACAGGCAUGCUGGAACUACACUAACCGCUGUCCUGAAACGACAACAGCACAAAGAAAACAACUUAAACCUAAAGUAUCGCUACAAGAGACAAAGGCAGCAAAUCAACAAUGUCCCUGAUGAACAGACCUUUCAUCUGAUUAUGGAAGUGGAAAAUGUUGGGAAAAGGAAACACACAAGGCUGAUAUGGAAGCAUUACGCUAUACACACACUUCACAAAAACACUGGACACGAAAGUGUUGCAGAGUUUGAACUCACCAAAAAGGCAUAUCCGGACCUUGUCUUUUCAAGGGUGAAGAGCUACACAGACAUAUCAGAGAAACCACUGCAAUAAAGAACAUUAGUUUGCUGGGAGGAAUGGCAACAUGCAAGGGGAUUGUACUCUAGAACACUUCUUCGGUGCAUGUAUUAAUAUUAUUAACACUUGAUUGUUGUCACAGAUCAUUUGUAAAAAUAGAGUGUCUGGUCAAUCAUGGUUCAGGUCAAGAUUUAGUUUUACCUCUCGAUUCAAGUCAUGGUUCAGAUAUCUAUUAUAGAGAAGCUGAUUGAAUGCAAUGGAUGACUGAGAUGUGAUGUUAUUUUGAAGUUAUCUGUACCUGACUUGGAUCAGGGAGAUUUGGGGCUAUGAUUGAGCCUACUCUGUUAAAUAAGUCAAUUUUGGCAGCUAAGAAAUAAAACGUGAUCUACAAGGGAAGUGACCUUACGGAACCUUGAAGGACCUGAGAUGUGUAUGUGUGUUUUUUAGUGUACUAUCUAAAUUGUCUUUUGUUGCUGGUAGUACAAGUACAAUGAUCAUGUAUAUUAAUUAGCUGAAGCAUCAUAAUAUUAUUCAAAGAACUGUUGAGAGAGAUUCUUCAUCAGUGAAAAUUUGUCAUAAUAAAUAAAUCCCUAUUCAGUUUGUUAGAAUAAUAUGGACAUUGUCAUAAUUUUAUUUACAUUUUUCAUUUGAAAGAUUAGUCGAUUUGCAAUAAUAUUAAAAACAUAUUAUGUUAUUAUUUUGCUGACUAACUGAGUGGCUUUUAAAUCGACAAAAAAUAUUGGCCCACCCUGUGUGUGUGUGUAUUACAAUAUAUACAGGUGGUGUCAAAUAAAUAUGUUCUCCCCU